AUAUAAACAUAAUAUUACCACAGAAAACUUCAAAAAUAGUACAAGUUUGAGUUUGUAGUGUAUGGAACUAAAUAAUUUCAUUAUUUAUUUUAAUAUUUCAGGGGAUAUGUUUUAAGAACCGUUCUUAUUCAAUUGUGACUUACGUUUUCGCCUCGAAUAUGGCUGAGGAACCAAGCACUAGUCUGAAUAAGCCCAAACUACAAGUGAAACAUGACUGGUAUCAGACUGAAACAGCUGUGGUUAUCACUGUAUUAGUUAAAAACAUGCGGGAAAGCUAUCUGAAUGUGAGUUUUGAUAAUAAUAAAGUGAUGGUAGCUCUUUCACACCCUGAUUUUGAACAUUGUGAAUUAUGCUUCAACCUGUCGCACAUAAUUAUACCAGAGCAAUGUAGCUACAAAUUAUCAUCAACUAAAGUGGAAAUCAAAUUAAAAAAAUCUGAAGACAUUAGAUGGGAAAAACUUGAAGGAAACCCAUCAGGGGAAGUUAUUAAGACUAUUCCAUCAGGUCCUGUGACUCUAGCUGAUAGACCACCAUCAUAUCCAACUUCAAAGAAGGGAAAAGAUUGGUCUGUGGUUGAAAAAGAGAUCAUACAACAAGAAGCUCAAGAAAAACCUGAAGGUGAAGAGGCAAUAAACAAAUUGUUCCAGGAAAUAUAUGGUAAAGGCAGCGAUGAAGUUAAAAGAGCAAUGAACAAAAGUUAUAUGGAAAGUGGUGGCACAGUUCUGAGUACUAAUUGGUCAGAAAUAUCCAAAGAAAAAGUUCAAGUCAAACCACCAGAUGGCAUGGAAUUCAAAAAAUGGAAUGACUGAAAUACUUUAAAAAAAGUGGAUACAUUGGUCAUUUGAAAAUUCAUUUUAUCAUUUGUAUGAAAUCUUAGUUUAAGAUGUUUUUUCUAGAUGAUUGAGUAUAUUUUCAAAAUUUACUUUCAUACCACUAGAGCAUUUUUUCAAUUGGAAUUUCAUUUAAUAUCAAUUAAAGGAUGUUGAAUACUCAUUGUUCUAUGA